AGCGAGAAAAGAAAGAAGGAGAAAAGGAAAACAAUCGGUGCGCAGCCCCCGUGCAGAGCGAUGUGCGCCAGGCGGCUCUGCAGGUGAUCUCCCCGGCCGGGCGGAGGGGAUCUCCCGGGGAUCCACUGCACGGAAUCUCCGGGCACCCAGCCGGGCAGCAUCAUGUCCAGGUUCAAGAAGGACAAGGAGAUCAUCGCUGACUAUGAGAACCAGGUGAAAGAGAUCCGCAGCCAGCUGGUGGAACAGUUUAAGUGCCUGGAGCAACAGUCGGAGUCCCGCUUGGCCCUUCUCCAGGACCUGCAAGAGUUUUUCCGCAGGAAAGCAGAGAUAGAACUGGAAUAUUCCCGCAGCUUGGAGAAACUGGCCGAGAGGUUCUCCUCCAAGGUCCGCAGCGCCCGGGAGCAGCAUCACUUCAAGAAGGACCAGCAUCUCCUCUCCCCUGUGAACUGCUGGUACCUGGUUCUGUCCCAGACCCGGCGGGAGAGUAAAGACCACGCCACGCUGAACGACAUCUUCCUGAAUAAUGUCAUUGUCAGGCUGCAGCACAUCAGCGAGGACGUCAUUAGACUCUUCAAGAAGAGUAAGGACAUUGGUCUUCAGAUGCACGAGGAGCUGGCCAAGGUGACCAACGAGCUGUACACGGUGAUGAAGACGUAUCACAUGUACCAUGCGGAGAGCAUCAACGCCGAGAGCAAGCUGAAGGACGCCGAGAAGCAGGAGGAGAAGCAGUUCAGCAAAUCUGCCGAGCUCGGGCCCAACGCCCUGCGCCACGAGGACCGACAGCAGAGGCGCAGCUCGGCCAAAAAGAUCGAAAAGAUGAAGGAGAAGAGACAAGCGAAAUACUCGGAGAACAAGCUGAAAUGCACCAAGGCCAGAAACGAAUAUCUGCUGAACCUGGCGGCCACCAAUGGGUGUAUCAGCAAGUACUACAUCCACGACGUGUCCGACCUCAUCGACUGCUGUGACCUGGGCUUUCAUGCCAGUCUUGCCCGCACUUUCCGCACUUACCUCUCCGCUGAGUAUAACCUGGAGACGUCUCGCCAUGAAGGUCUGGAUAUCAUUGAGAACGCGGUGGAUAAUCUGGACGCUCGCAGCGACAAGCAUAAGGUCAUGGAUUUGUGCAAUCAGGUUUUCUGUCCUCCUCUCAAAUUUGACUUCCAGCCUCAUAUGGAUGAUGAGGUGUGCCAGGUGAGCGCUCAGCAGCCAGUACAGAUGGAGCUCCUGGUGCGUUACCAUCAGCUGCAGUCCCGUCUGAUGACACUGAAGAUCGAGAACGAGGAGGUGAGGAAGACCCUGGACGCCACCAUGCAGACCUUACAGGACAUGCUGACAGUGGAGGACUUUGACGUAUCCGAUGCCUUCCAGCAUAGCCGCUCCACUGAGUCCAUCAAAUCCGUCGCCUCCGAGACUUAUAUGAGUAAACUGAACAUCUCCAAGAGAAGAGCCAACCAGCAGGAGACCGAGAGCUUCUACUUCUCAAAAUUUAAGGAGUUUUUGAAUGGAAGCAAUCUGAUCACCAAGCUGCAGGCUAAGCACGAUCUCCUGAAACAAGCCCUAGGAGAAGGAGAGAGAGCAAACUAUGGAACCACAAGGCCCCCGACUCUCCCCCCCAAACCUCAGAAAAUGAGGAAGCCCCGACCUCGCUCCCUGUAUAGCCACCUGCUCUUUAAUGGGAAUAUGGAGCAGUUCAUCCAGGAUUCGGGUCAGGCCAUCCCGUUGGUGGUUGAGAGCUGCAUCCGAUACAUCAACCUAUAUGGUCUCCAGCAGCAAGGAAUAUUCAGAGUUCCCGGAUCUCAAGUUGAAGUGAAUGAUAUCAAGAAUUCUUUUGAAAGAGGAGAGGACCCCCUGGUGGAGGAUCACAGCGAGCGGGACAUCAACUCCGUGGCGGGGGUCCUGAAGCUGUAUUUCCGGGGUCUGGAGAAUCCGCUUCUCCCCAAGGACAGGUUUCAGGACUUGAUGUCCACAAUCAAUAUAGAGAACGUGUCAGAGCGGGUCCAUCACAUCCGUCAGAUCGUCAUCACUCUGCCCCGAGCCGUCCUCGUGGUCAUGAGAUAUCUCUUUGCCUUCCUCAACCAUUUAUCCCAGUACAGCGAUGAGAACAUGAUGGACCCUUACAACCUGGCGAUCUGCUUUGGCCCCACGUUAAUGCCAAUCCCUGACGGACAAGACCCGGUGUCCUGCCAGGCGCACGUCAAUGAGGUCAUCAAGAUGAUCAUCAUUAACCAUGAACUGAUCUUCCCCUCUCAACGUGAACUGGAGGGGCCAGUGUACGAAAAGUGCAUGACGGGGGGCGAGGAGUACUGUGACAGUCCUCACAGUGAGCCGGGUGCCAUAGAUGAGACUGACCAUGAUAACGGCACAGAACCCCACACCAGUGAUGAAGAGGUUGAGCAGAUUGAAGCCAUUGCUAAAUUUGACUACAUGGGUCGUACACCUCGAGAGUUGUCCUUCAAGAAAGGGGCAUCCCUGCUGUUGUACCACCGAGCGUCGGAGGACUGGUGGGAGGGUCGUCACAAUGGAGUGGAUGGAUUAAUACCGCACCAGUAUAUUGUGGUCCAAGAUCUGGAUGAUGCCUUCUCUGACAACAUGAGCCAAAAAGCGGACAGUGAGGCGAGCAGCGGACCUCUUCUGGAUGACAAGUCCUCCUCUAAGAACGAUAUCCAGUCACCCACCGAGCACCUGCAGGAAUACACCUUUGCUGGAAUUUUGGGCAGGGUCAGGCUAAGGUCUGAUGGGGCUGCGAUACCGCGCAAGAGGAGCGGAGGAGACAACCACAGCCCCCCACGAGCACUAGGUCCCGGUAUUGACACCCCUCCCCGAGCUGCCGCCUGCCCCAGUAGCCCACAUAAGUUAUCCCUGAGCCGAGGACGGGUGGACAGUCCGGAAAAACGCAGGAUGGCGACAUUUGGAAGUGCUGGGAGCAUUAAUUAUCCUGAGAGGAAAGGACUAAAUGAUGGGAUGUCCCUGAGGUCCGUCACCGGAGGCACGAGACACAGCAGCCUGGGAGACCACAAGUCCUUGGAGGCGGAAGCUCUGGCUGAGGACAUUGAGAAGACGAUGAGCACGGCCCUGAAUGAGUUAAGGGAACUGGAACGGCAGAAUACGGCCAAACAAGCUCCGGACGUUGUGCUGGACACCCUGGAACCCAUGAAGAAUCCGACUUUGACCACCCCCAACUCUGAGCCAGUCAGCCCCCUGCACACCAUCAUGAUUCGGGACCCUGACGCAGCUAUGCGGAGAAGUAACUCCUCCAACACGGAAAUGAUGACCACCUUUAAGCCAGCGCUGUCUGCCCGCUUGGCCGGCGCCCAAUUGAGACCACCCCCUGUGAGGCCGGCCCGGCCAGUGGCCCAGCACCGGUCUAGCAGCAGUAGCAGUUCUGGGGUGGGAAGCCCGGCUCUCACCCCCACAGAAAAGGUGUUUCCUAACAAUUCUUCAGAGAAAUCCGGGACCAUGUAACUCCUAACCCUUCGUGCUGAUGGGCCCUACUGGGAAAAGCUGGAGAGAGUAUGUACGGAAGAGAGGGGGGGGGCCAGCAUUUAUACUAGGCCAUACAUAUCCCCAACUUUUCCAUUGCUGGCCAAUGCCAAACCUCAUCCAUGGGACGUCCCUUCAUCUUCAGCCCGUUACCAUGUGCAAAACCAACCUUCAGAUUGCCUUAAAACGCGUCAGUGCCGUUUGGUAAAUCCACUUUCCGUUUUUAGCUUUUUUUUUUCAUUCUUCGGUUUUACCUCAGUCUUCUGUAAACCACGCAGAAGGAUAUGGCAUAUGUAGGAUCCAUACGUGCAGGUGGUGGAUCUGUAGGGUAUCUGAGGAAGCUUCUCUAGGAUCAAGGAGGCUUUUCACGUGGUGGAUUCUAACCAUGAGAAGACCUGGAGAUUUGUCCUGGAAGGUCGGCCACUACCUGCUGCUUUAUUGGUGGGACAUGUAGAAGUUUGGCUUCCAAAGCCUUUGGGAUAAGUACUAGGCUUGACCUGUACCCCGGUCCAAGAUGUGAGGACCGACUGCACCGCUGAUCUAGAGCAAUAUGUACAUUUGUAGAUAAUUACUCCGAAAUGUUAGCUCUGUUGUCUACCCUGUGGAGGCCGCAGGCCUUGUGGUUGUACAUAAGUACAUAGACAUAGCAGUACAUCUCAUGUAGGACAAUGUGAAUUAUGCUUGAAUUUUAAAACCACAGAAAGGUUGUCACUGGAAGGGAGGUGGACAUGUACAUAGUAUGAACACCCCGCGCCCUUAGAUCUUAUACCUGGCUCUCCGCCAUGUUCCCUGGGAGUCAAGCUGGACCAAGAUACAUUUUCUGAGCACAUGAGGUAGAUCAGAGUCUUAAGGGACAGAACUUGAGGUGUACAUGCUCGACCACAACACCGUCCUAAUCCUGGGCAUGCUGGGAAUUAUAGUCCUUACACAGACCGAGCUGUACUGGUCCCUAAUGAUGGUGCUGAAAAAAAAUUACUGAACUCAGAGAAGAUUUAGUUUUUUAGCUAAGAAGGGGAAUGUGACGUAACCGUAAACAGUCAGAAGCUCAUCUGAUCCGUAUUCUGUCCAUAGGGGGCAGUAUUAUUAUAGAGAGGAGGCAGUAAACAAGUUCUGCUUUUUCUGUACAAGGACUGAAUGGACUUUAAUAGUGACAACCUCUUGUGUGAGCCAGAAAUGUGCUCAGAGUAGUUGUCACGUCCCGUCCCCCAUUCCUCUUGCAGAUGAUUUCAUGUGCAAUCCUCUCUGGUCACAAGCCGAUCGGCAUUACAUGUAUAUGACCCCUCCAGCCUCGAAUACUGAAUGAGACUAGAGAAAACCCCAAAGGCAUGAUAACAGUACAGUAUCACAGGCUGAACUGUGGUAAUACGCCAGUCUGCUUAUCUGAUCACCACUACAAACCAAUGUGAUGUGUGUCAAAUAUAUAGUGAGGUUAGAGGUGGUUAUGUUCUAAUCAAAUCAGUCAAGUCUCAGUAAUAACGGCAGGAGCCAAUUCUCAGUUGGCAUUACAGCAAAUAUUCAACAGUAAUCACCAUUUUACAGUCUAAAGAUAUAAUUCAUCUAUAGCAUAUAUUAUCCUGUAUUAUACUCCAGAGCUGCACUCAUUAUUCUGCUGGUGCAGUCACUGUGUACAUACAUUACAUUACUUAUCCUGUACUGAUCCUGAGUUACAUCCUGUAUUAUACUCCAGAGCUGCACUC